GCUCAAUGUUGUCUUCAGAAUUGGGAGCUGGGGUGAUGACAAACCCCAGAUCAGGCCAUCGAGUCUUGGCACUCUUCUCUUUCCCUCUUUCCAACACUGCGCCUCACGUCAAACCAGAGGCUAGCAUUGUACAGUAGAAAGGUUCCAUGUUAAAGCUUCCCAAUCAGGCGUUGAUUAGGGAAGCUUAAAGCCGUCUUUGGUACUGGACCCUGGUCUGAGCGUUGGUUUCGCGGCUAAAUUGACGUUUCAAGGGUCGUUCACAGACUUUCCCAUUACGCGGCUAGACCAAGAUGUCCCCCAAAAGCAGGCCAGAUCCAAAGACACUGGGCAGAUCCGCAGGAUCCAUCAACGCGCCCAUCGCGGCUUUCACCAUGGCCGUCAUCCUGUGCUCCUAUUGUUUCAGCUCUAUUCGCAGUGCCAGACGCGAAGCCCAAGAGUCACCGGUAGUACCUAGCUCACAACAGCGGGUAUCUCACCGGGAAAAGAAAGACUCGUCCUGGAUCCAGGAGGCUCUUGAUGAAAGUCGGGCGGAGAAGGGGAGGUGAAAUCCGUGGUUUAUAUUGAUGAGGAUGCACUGGUAUGAUGUGUUUCUAGCAAUACUGUACGUUUAUACUAGAUUUUUAGGUUUGGAAGAUGCGUUUCUUGUUAAAUCUUUUGUUGUAUUUGCUAGAUAAUAUAUCGAGGUAAGAUAGGCGAGUUCGAGCGCUCCCUGAUUCUGGGAACAUAACAGCCCCCAGAUCAAUAGGGCAACUCUGACAGCGACAAGCAAGAGCACAAGAGUAACAAAAGUAACAACUUCAAUUUCAUCAUCAAUCAGAAUUUUCAGUGUAUGAAUGAUCAUACCCAGGAGUUCAAGUGUAUAUAACAUCCUGGUUCAAUAUUCAAAGAAAGAUCAUCAUUUAGACGACGAGAAGAAGCAUUCAAGUAUUUCAUGGACCACAAGUCAGACCACAAUAGUAAAGAGUGACGGGGGGCGAAGUAAACAUCAAACAACACCACGUCAAUGAAGAGGUUGAGAGCUGGGUGCUGGGUGCUGGGUGCAAGGAGAAUUUAAUUAGUUAACGUCUCAAUUCAACGAGACAUCCCUUCUUUCAAAAGGAUAAGCACGAUCGAAUAUCUUGUCGGUAUCCAUCGCAUACAGAAGGGAUCCAAACAUUAAGAUCCCAUGCUGCGUG